CUGAUCUUGAUAGGGUUGUUCUGCUGUAAAAUUUAAGGAAACUGAGUAACUUCAAUUUCUCUUUAUGAGUCUAAGAGUUUAGUUUAAUGCUAAACUACUACCCUGAGACAUCUUCAUUGUUCUGAUUUUAUUGAAGCUCUUUAUUAUCUUUGACCAUUAUUAUUCAAACUAUGAAGAUCCUGAGUUUGCUCGCUCUUCUUUGUGCCUUAUUAGCUUUGGGUAAAGCUGCUGAUUUUCCAGGUCCUACAGAUGAGGUUGAGAGGGAUGAAUCUCUCACAGAAGACCCCAGCAAGAAAUUUGAAACUGAGGAAAACCUUUUAGAUGCUCCUCUUGGGGAGAAUACUGGAAACAACACAAAUGUAGAAGAACCAGUCUUUGAUUCUGUGACUGAAGAAAUGUAUUUGAAAGCUCUAAAUGGAACAGCCCAUCGUUCUGGAUCCUGUUCUCCUGGAUGGACCCGGCUCAGGGGUCGUUGCUACCAUGUCUUUCCAAUUCUCUCCACGUGGUUUAAAGCUCAGAAAAACUGCAGGUCAAUAGGAGCCCAUCUCGCAUCAGUUCAUGACUUCGACAUGAAUUAUCAGCUGCUAAAGCUGAUAACAGCUGCAGGUCAGAGCCGCAGGGAAGUGUGGAUCGGAGGCUCUGAUUUACACAGGGAAGGUCGUUGGACCUGGGUGGAUGGAACCCAUUUUGGCUACACAAACUGGUGUCGAUGGGAGCCCAAUAACUUCUUUAAUAAUCAGCACUGUUUGGAGAUGAACUACAGCCGUUCAAAAUGCUGGGAUGAUAACAACUGUUACUAUGAAAUACCAUUUAUCUGUGCCAGAAACUACUAAUGACUUUGAGUCUCAUUAAUAGACGUGGAUCAGUGUAGGUUUCUCUUUUACAGUAUCGCCACCUUCACUAAUAACCGGAGAGACUCUUUGUAUUUUGUGUUUCUUUUAAUAGUUUCCAGUUCAUGGCAAAAAUAAAACAAAUACCUUUGUGAAGAUAAAAUAAAGGAAACUGGGAAAUCUAACUUUUGUUAGAUUUUCCAAUUUCCCAGCAAAAAAACUCUAAAUUGCAGAGAGAUUUAUAUACUUUAUACUUUAGAUUGAAUACUCUAUAAAAUGUAUGAAACAUAACAUAUUGGAAUUUAAUUUUAAUUAAAAAAAAC